AGCAGGGGUGUCAAACUGGCGGUCCUCCAGCCGUUGCGAAACUACAAGUCCCAUCAUGCCUCUGCCUUUGGGAGUCAUGCUUGCAACGCAAUGCCUCAUGGGACUUGUAGUUUGACAACAGGUGGAGGGCCACCAGUUUGACACCCGUGCCAUAGAUUCACGGGUGUCAAACUGGCGGCCCUCCAGCUGUUGCCAAACUACAAGUCCCAUGAGGCAUUGCAAGAUUAACAGUUACAAGCAUGACUCCUAAAGGCAGAGGCAUGAUGGGACUUGUAGUUUCGCAACAGCUGGAGGGCCACCAGUUUGACACCCCUGAUGUAAAGGGUGCAGACAGG